AUGACCUCCUCCGACUUCGCCUUCCCCGACUUCUUCUACUACCCGCCGUACUUCACGGUCCAGCCCACGCCGGAGACGUUCCGCAAGCAGUGCGAGCUGUGGAAGUCGCUCGUCCUCCGGUGCGCGCCUCCGCGACACGGCACCUCAUCCAUCAUUCGUCUCUUCAUCAACCAUCUCACCUCGUCUCGCCCCGUCCGCGCGUCUCCGCCGUCGUCCUCUCCUCUCCCUGACGACCGAUCGACGCCCGCCCGCGCCCGCGCCCGCGCCCUCGUCCCCCCUCUCCCUCCCCGCCGCAGAUACUGCGCGCAUCACGCGCUGUUCGUCCUCAACCUCGACGACGUCUCGCUGCCGCUGUUUGAUAAUCCAAACGUCAAGCGACGCCUCACGCUCGACGCGCGGCGGACGUUCGUCGACGCGCUCGUCGCGGACGGCAACGCGACGUGGCUCGACGACGACGGCGGCGACGACGGCAAGCACCGCGCGCUGAUCCUGUGGCGCAGCGUCCCGGAGUGGGGCGAGCGCUUGAUGCAGUGGGCGCGGGACGGCGGCCGCGAGGGCGCGGUGGUGACGAUCGACGAGAUCAGGGCGCGUCCCUUCUCAUCAAUCACACUGGUCCCCGUACGACCGCGUCGGCGCGGUGAACGCCGUUUCUUAAGGACUUUCUCUCCCGGCGCGCGUUCGUUUCUCUCCGCCCAGGGUCCCUCGGUUUCAACGUUCGACCCUACGACGCAUUUCGACUCCACCGCUGACGCCUUUGAACUCCGACCCUCAGGAAAUAGGAGGCGGGAUGCCGGAGUUGGCGGACGCGAAGGACGGGAGCGGCGUCGAGGAGAUCAUCCUGCGCGCGGCGAGGAAUCUGCAGCUCGCGGGGAAGGCCGCGGUGAUAGAGGGCACCGCCGGGGACGACACCGGGGUUAA